GCCGCAUGCUCAAAGUGUAAUAAACGCGUAACAGAUUCGCAGUCUCGGAGUAUGUCCCACUAUUUCAGUCACAUACGGAGACAGCCAGGCAAUGGAGGGUGUUCCUGUGGCAACAGUUUCGUCAUACAAAACGUACACACAGCAGCAGGCCCCAGUACAGACGGGACAACGCAGGAGCAGACGCGCUCAGUACAUUGCGGCAAUCGUAGUGAACUUGGCGACAUUCUCGUAUGGAACUUGCGUAGGAUGGCCUUCGUCAGCAAUACCAACACUACAGUCCAGUGAAGUUCCUACGGGCAAGAACCCUGUGACUGAAGACGAGGCUUCAUGGAUAGGAUCACUCAUGUUUGUGGGGUUUCUAUGUGGGACCCCUAUAUUUGGUUACAUCUCAGAUAAAUUUGGUCGGAAAGUUGCUGGCUUAUUGAUAGCAGUUCCUGCCAUUAUCAGCUGGCUCGUCAUCAUCCUCUGUAGCAGUAUACAUCUCAUUUUCGUAGCCAGGUUCCUCUCUGGUUUAAGCACCGGUGGCGUUCUACUUCUGGUUCCAAUAUACGUGGGCGAAAUCUGCGAAGACAGCAUCAGAGGAACUCUAGGGUCAUAUCUGGCAAUAUUCGGAAAUAUCGGCGUUCUUUUCUCUUAUGUUAUCGGUUCUUACACUUUAUACCAUGACUUCGCAAUAAUAUGCCUCUCUCUACCUGUUCUAUUUCUCGUCACGUUCUUGUGGAUGCCCGAAACACCGAUCUAUUUGUUACGAAAGGGCGAAGUCAAAGAGGCUAAGAGAUCCUUGGAAUGGUUUCGUGGAGGGAAAGGAAAAGACCUUGAAGAAGAGCUGACCAAGAUGUCACUCUCACUUAAGGAAAUACAAGAAAGGAAUUCCUGCAGGAGCUUGUAUAAAGAUCUGUUACUAGAUCGAGGUGUGAGACGAGCCUUGAUCAUCGGCAUUGCCGUAUCUGCUACGCAAAUGCUGUCAGGUGCCUAUGUAAUUCUCACCUACACUGCGCCUAUUUUCCGCAUGACCGGAAGUGAGCUAUCGCCUCAAGUAUCAAGUAUGAUAGUCGGCUCGCUUCUCGUGGCUGCGUCCAUUUUGGCCUGUCCUCUGAUGGACCGUGUUGGCCGGAAGGUUCUUCUCGUGUUCUCUGAAACUGUAAUGGGGAUUUGUCUCAUUGCCCUGGGAGCUUACUUCUACUUGCAAGAUCAAGGUGUCGACCUGACCAAAGCCGGCUUCAUCCCAGUCGUGUGUUUGGGGUUGCAUCUCUUCUCCUCCGCAGCAGGCAUUGGGCCGGUGAAUAUGGUGCUCCUCUCAGAAUUAUUCCUACCACACGUCAGAAGCACAUCGGCAAGUAUCUCCACCUUCGUGAUGGCAUUCACGGCAAUUGUUGUCACCAAGUUCUACAGUGAUCUCAACAAUGCCAUUGGAAUUUACGGCUCAUAUUGGUGCUUUGCCGUGUGCUGCUUCCUAGGCGCAAUCUUUUCAGUAACUUAUGUUCCAGAAACUAAAAACAGGGAUGUAUAUAGUAUUUAUGCUGAGCUUAGUGGGAAAGAAUCCAGCAUAAUACCGGUGAAGAAAUCGUACAAUAUGCGGGACACACCAAAGGAGUACAGAGUGCAGGGAAUCUUACCGAACGCCAAAUCACCAUCAUCCGAACACGAUAUAUGUGCCCAUUAAAGAUGUACAGGAUACUUAAAAAUAUUAUAAAAUGUAUCAAAUUUGUAUAAAUCGUUCGUUUCUUUAUUCUAAAAUCCCAUAAAUUUGGACUUAAUUCACUAACCCGUUAAAAUUUAUUUCACUUUUAAUCUUCACUAAAUAUACGCGAGAUCUGACCGGAGCUCGUCACCACGUACAUUAUAGUAGAUGGAAAAACGUGUAAAAAAUAGUACCAUUAGUUUAAGAAUAUUUUACAGUUAUAAUUUCUGAUUUUAGGAAUAAUGUUGCAAAAUUACAUUUACAUUCACUACAGGGUUCAAAAGGAAUUAAUAAUAAUAUAUUGAGACUUUGGCUUUUAUUCGAUUUUAAAGUUAUUAAUUGUAGAAGUGCGGGAACAUUGAAAACAGUUACAAAGUAGUGUAACAAAAACUGUAAAGAGUUUACUGUUGAGCGGGUCUUUUCUCAUAGGUUCUUUUAGUCACUAUUCUUCCUUUUCAACGAUAAGUUGCUUUUGGCAUCGUGAUGCGUGAAAAACACAAAGUAACAAAGGGAAAUGUAGCUUCGCUUAACCCACAACUGUAUAACGCGUCAACUAAAGCGUCAGUUAUGGCGUUGGUCCGCUCAUGUGGGACUACUGAACCGCUCAAGGCAGCCAACUUAUGGAAAACUACAGUGUUGGCAACUCUAAUUCUUCUCAAAAAGUAUUUCAAUAAUCGAAAUGAAUAAAACUGGAUUCAUAUUUUUCAUAAAUAUAAG